UCUUUUGACAAGAUGCAUUCUUCACUUCAAUUUUUGUCCCUUGCGCUUGUCGCCUUUCCCGGGUCAACAUUUGCGCAAACAUCUCCGUCGGCUGAUAAGGAGGAGAUACUUGCUUUUUCCACUAGAAUGGCCGACAUACUUGUACAGUUUUACACCACAUCUGCUUCGAAAAAUCAGGAACCAGGUAUUUUCCCAUUGGCUGCACAGACCUUUGGAAGAACUGGAGAUAUAUGGAACUCUUUGCUUGAAUAUGGUCACUUGACUGGUGACACCAAGCAUAAUGAUCUUGUCGUAUCGUCCCUGAUAGGUCCACUGGACGAGAAAGUGGCGCCCUUCCUGCCAAAAGAUGGUGACGGUGAAAUCGCGAACUGGGAUCAGAGUUCCUGGGGUCUCGCUGCUAUGACGGCCGCUGAGAUUGAUUUGAAGAUGCCAGAGACCUCCUCAGAUGGUCGUAAGAUCAGCAAGUGGAUCGAUCUCGCCCAACUUGUUUUCGAUGACCAAGCCAGUCGCUGGACCCAGAUCUGCAAAGGCGGCUUGAAUCUUGUCAUGAACCCUGAACUUCCGGAAUUCGACGUAAAAGAGAGUGGCGGGAACGGAAACUUCUUCUUACUCUCUGCACGACUUGCUCGCUUCACAGGCAACAAGACACAUCAGGAUUGGGCUGAAAAAUCGUUCAAGUGGGCCCAAGGCACUAAGUUGGUUGAUGAAUUUUUCCGUGUGUUUUCCGAAGCCGAUGCCACACAAGAAUGCCUCGCGAUUAACAAGGAGGAAUGGAUUAACCGUCACGCCACUUACACCGAAGGGGCUGCAGUCAUGUAUAACAUCACAAACAAGGCGAAGGAAUGGGAGACCGCAGUUGCCGGCUUUGCCAAAUCUACAGCUACUUUCCGUACCCAGCAGGGCUUGCGUGAAGCUUUCUGCGAAAAUGACGCAGAAUGCCUGAGCCCAGUUGAUGAUACAUACACGUAUGGAAAUGCCAUGCGCUCUUACGGUCGCGCGCUUGCAGCCGUGGAUAAUGCCGCCGACGAUCUAUCUCAAGUGUUGCGCGAAUCACUUUCUACAAAUAUGGGCCCUGUCCCAACCAACUCUACACUGCCCAGCAAAGGAACGAUAGAAGAAACUUUCAACCAUCUCACAUCAUUCCAAAGCCAGCUAUGGUCGAGCGCAAAACCUUUGGUUUCGAGCGCAACAUCUUCGGAAACCAGUGACAAAAAGUCAUCCGAUGGCAAGCCAUCCAACGACAAACCAUCCAAUGACAAACCAUCCGAUUCCAACACGAAAGAUUCGGAGAAUGGUGGAGAGCCUUCAUCUGGCCAAGCUGCUGCGGCCGAAAAUACAUCAAAUGCAAUGAGCCAAUCUGCCACUUCCUGGAAGUUCAUGCUAGGGGCUGUGGGCCUCUCCUUGUAUAUGCUGCACAACUAA